AAUAACGAAGAUGGCGUGUUAUGGAAGAUGUUUUUGUUGCCAGUGUUGUUGCAGAGAAGGAGACACACGGACCCCAGAAGAACUGACGAUCCUUGGGGAAAUUCCAGACCAAGAAGAGAUUCUUCCCAGGAAAGACUAUGAGAGCUUGGAUUAUGACCGCUGCAUCAGUGAGCCUUACGUGGAGGUCCUGGAGGGGCUGGACAACAAGAAAGCCAAAAAAUAUGAGGCAGUGCAGUGGAUGAUGGUGUUCGUGAUUGGGGUCACAGUGGGCCUGGUGGGCCUGUUUGUGGACUCUUUCGUACGCCUCUUCAACAAACUGAAAUUCACUGUGGUUGGUGAUUCUAUAGAGAAGUGCACUGACAAAGGCUGUCUCUGUUUGUCCCUUGUGGAACUCUUGGCUUUCAACAUGACUUUUGUCUUCAUUGCCAGUGUGCUCGUUCUUAUUGAGCCUGUGGCUGCGGGCUCAGGAAUUCCAGAAAUCAAAAGUUACUUGAAUGGAGUGAAGAUUCCUGGAAUUGUUCGGUUACAAACUUUUGUCUGCAAGGCUGCCGGAGUCCUGUUCAGUGUGGCUGGAGGUCUCUUUGUGGGGAAAGAAGGUCCAAUGAUACACAGUGGAGCCAUCGUGGGAGCCGGCCUUCCUCAGUUUCAGAGCAUUACUUUCAAGAAGAUCAAAUUUGACUUUCCCUACUUCCGCAGUGACAGAGAUAAGCGAGACUUUGUGUCAGCUGGUGCUGCUGCUGGAGUAGCUGCUGCCUUUGGUGCUCCAAUUGGUGGCACCCUCUUCAGUCUGGAGGAGGGCUCUUCAUUCUGGAACCAGGCCCUUACAUGGAAAGUGCUCUUCUGUUCCAUGUCAGCAACUUUUACCCUCAACUUCUUCCGUUCGGGAAUCAACUUCAGUAAGUGGGGCUCCUUCCAGCUGCCUGGUCUUCUCAACUUUGGAGAGUUCAAGUGUCCAGAUGGAGACAAGAACUGCCACCUGUGGACAGCAGUGGAUCUUGCCUUCUUUGUCCUGAUGGGUGUGGUGGGUGGCCUUCUGGGGGCACUCUUUAACUGCAUGAACAAGAACCUGGCCAAGUAUCGCAUUAGACACAUCCAUCCUAAGGCUAAGUUUAUCAGAGUUUUAGAGAGUCUGUUGGUGACCAUGGUGACAACAGUGGUGAUAUUUGGAGCUUCUAUGCUGGGUGAAUGUCGUGACCUGUCCACCCCAACAACUCACAACACCACACUGGCUGGCAGUGAGGAUAUCAACUCAACCAUCCGUCAGUUCUUCUGCUCAAACAAGACCUACAAUGACAUGGCAACAUUGUUCUUCAACCCACAGGAGGCAGCCAUCCAUCAGCUCUUCCAUCAGGAUGGCACCUUCAGCCCAGUGACUCUGUCAGUGUUCUUCUUCUUGUACUUCCUGCUGGCCUGCUGGACGUACGGCCUGUCUGUACCCAGCGGCCUUUUUGUCCCCUCACUGUUGUGUGGGGCAGCUUUUGGACGCCUGGUUGCCAAUGUCCUCAAAGUGAAACUUGGAAUGGACAUCUACUCAGGAACCUUCGCUCUCAUUGGAGCUGCUGCCUUCCUCGGAGGUGUGGUCAGAAUGACCAUUAGCCUUACUGUCAUCCUCAUUGAAUCCACCAAUGAAAUCACAUACGGGCUGCCCAUCAUGAUUACACUAAUGGUUGCCAAGUGGACUGGUGAUUUCUUCAACAGGGGCAUCUAUGAUAUACACAUCCAGCUGAGAGGAGUGCCACUGCUGGAGUGGGAAACUGAGGUUGAGAUGGACAGGCUGACAGCCAGUGACAUCAUGGAGCCCAACCUGACAUACGUGUACCCCCACACCCGAGUCCAGUCUCUAGUCAGCAUCCUGCGCACCACGGUCUACCACGCCUUCCCUGUAGUCACUGAGAACCGUCAGAAUGAAAGGGACUUCAUGAAGGGCAACAUCCUCAUCAGCAACAACAUCCGCUUCAAGAAAUCCAGCGUUGUGUCCCGCGCGGGGGAACAGCGACGGCGCUGCCAGUCGAUGAAGUCGUACCCAUCGAGCGAGCUGAGGAACGUUUGUGAUGAGCAGAGUGCUGCAGUAGAGCCUUCAGAGGAGGGAGAGGACCUGCUGCAGCAGAUGUUAGAGAGGAGACAUGCUCCCUACCCUAACCUGUACCCAGACCAGUCUCCCAGUGAAGAGUGGACCAUGGAGGAGCGCUUCAGGCCACUAACCUUUCACGGCCUCAUUCUGCGUUCACAGCUGGUCAACCUGCUUAUCAGAGGGGUGUGCUACGCUGAGAACCAGUCGAGUGCCAGUCAGCCCAGGUUGUCUUAUGCAGAGAUGACUGAAGAUUACCCACGCUACCCUGACAUCCAUGACCUGGACCUCGCCCUGCUCAACCCUCGCAUGAUAGUGGAUGUCACCCCCUACAUGAACCCGUGUCCCUACACUGUUUCACCCAAUGCCCGCAUCUCCCAGGUGUUCAACCUCUUCAGGACUAUGGGCCUGCGACACUUACCAGUGGUCAAUGCUGUUGGAGAAAUUGUGGGGAUAAUCACAAGACAUAAUUUAACCCACGAGUUCCUUGUGGCCAAACUGCGACAGCACUACAUCACCAUCUGACCCAGCUGCCAUCCCGCACACACCCAGCUCUGUUCAGCUGAUCCUGAGCCUGAUCCCGAGUCUCAGUCCGGUCCUGAUAGCAUUCCAAAGUACACACAGAGACCCACAAGCAUACACACAGUCUCUGCACAUUAACCAGUAUAGCUGUCCAUCAAUGAAACCUUUCAGUUGUAUUUCACUGCUUUCCUUCUGGUCUUCCUGCAGUCUAGCCUCUGAUACACACACAAACACACACACACACACACACACACACACACACACACACACACACACACACACACACACACACACACACACACAAAACCAUCAUGAACAUUUGCUGUGCAUUCAGACUGUGAGCAGCAUCCUGCAGUGUGAUGCAGCAGCCUGAGUUACUUUAAUGUGACUGGUCUUCAGUUCAUUCUCAGUGAGUCUGUGUGUUCUGGGAGGAGGGCCGGCUCAGCUGGUUGGUGCAGCACAGAGAGAGCUGAAAACACGCCCAUCCGCCUCCAUAAUUAAAAACAUUAAACUUUGGAUAUGAUAGCAAGGAUUUUUCUGUCAUAUAUGAACAUAAAACACUUUGAGAACACUUCCCCUCUGAGUGCACCAUUAACCAUCUCAGCAGUACCUUUGGUGAAUACUUUGCAUCUUUGUGUCUUACUGAGCAUCCAGCAUGUAGCAGCUGCUUAGAGAGUUACAUGUACUACAAACAGGAGCUGAACCUGCCCCAGAUCAGCACCUUCGGCUCUUCGUACUUUGUUUAAAUGCAGUGUUGGUCGUUCAUGGCCUAUUUUUAGUUUAGACAAUAAGUCUAUGAAUGUCAGUGUCAGUGAUUCCAUUUUAGUCCGGUGUAGAGGUCCCCUAUAUGAACCCUACACUGUUUCAUCCAAUGCCUGCAUUUACUGACAUAGUGCUAGUUCACACAAACUGUUGUCUUCAAACAUUUUGUUUUGUAAGGCAAAGACUCAGCAGAACCCCAACAAUCAGCAGCAAUGGUAAGAAGGAAGAAGUCCCCUUAAACAGAGAGGGAUCUGCAGGCUCAGGGAGCCCCCUGCACUGACUGGUCUGAGGCUAAAGGGAGCGAGAAGAGAAAGGACAGCAUAGCGUGAGGCUUCUGCUGCAUCUUAGACCAAACUAACGCGUCUGUCUUCCUCUAAUAGACUCAGUGCAGCGACAGCUCCACUGUUGAGCUCAUCGUGUUGCUCACAGUUUGAACCGCAGGACAUGACAAACUACCAAAAUGAAAUGUCACCUGCUGAGGAGCCAUAAUGCCUUCAUAGCUGAAUGUUGCUGUUGAUGUUUUGAUUUUGCUUUAUUGUUGUCACUGUAGCACUUUUAUUUUGUCCGUUUAUUUGAAUCUUUGUGAUUAACUGGAUUUUAUGCACUAAAAGCAGACAGACGCCCCGCGGCCUGCCACUAAACUCGACCUCCAUAGUUUGCGGUAAAGUUGUGACCUUGUCAAGUUCCACCUGCUGUACUGUAACAUUUGUAACCACUUCAGCAGUCUGGUUUGCACUGUGUCAUUCAGUAACAUUCUCAUUCAUUCAGUUCAGUGUUAAGACUGAGCGAAACUCAGGUUUCCAAGGUUUUGUUCUGUAAUUGGACCUUUUUCCGAAUGCAAAGCCAUGUUUUAGAAAAUCACACGUAGAGUGUGUCAUGUCCCCACUCAUGCUCGUAGGUUUUCCAGCAUUAUGUUUCUGACCCGCUUUCUGCUGCAGCAUUUCAUUGUCAUUCCUAAAAGGGACUCCAAGUGUGAGUAAAGGCUCGUCAAAGGAAGGGAAAUUCCUCUAUGUGUAUGCUUUGUACCACAGUGGCACAUAUAUGUACAUCAAACAUUCUUUAUUUGAUUGUAGCCUGUGCUUUAUGUUUUAUUUAAGUAUUUUUUAUACUGUUUUAUUUUUAUGAUUUACUGCCUUCAUCUGGAAUGAGUCAGCCGUGGACCGAGGCUGUCCUGGAUCUUGGUUAUACUCAGAGAUUGCUCACAUGUUGGUGUAAAAUCAUUGUUAUGUUGCCCAUUCUACGAAGCAGCUGAGAAGCAGAAAAUGAGAUUACGAUGAACAGUGGAUGGCACGCCUUCCUCUAUGACCCAAGAGACUGAUGGUCAGUGAAGAUUUAGACGCUUGUUCGGGAACGUGCUCUACAAAUACAGAGCAGGGCAAAAAUAAAACUGCAGGCAUGGAAGAAAACAAGCAGCGAGACCUCUGCUUUCACUGCUGUUUAAAUAAAGGUCUCUGUUUUCUUAAUUACAAAAA